AUGUGGACCAGCUGGUGGCUCUGGCCCCUCCUGGCUGUCUGUGCUGCAGACUCAUUCCGGGAACAGGCAGAAAAAAUCAUGCGAGACACGCCUGUUGUUGAUGGGCACAAUGACCUGCCCUGGCAACUGCUGAAACUGUUCAACAACCAGCUGCAGGAUCAGAGGGCCAACCUGACCACACUGACUGACACUCACACCAACAUCCCCAAGCUGAAGGCUGGCUUUGUGGGGGGUCAGUUCUGGUCUGCGUAUAUACCCUGCGACACCCAGAACAAGGACGCCGUGAAGAGGACACUGGAGCAGAUGGACGUCAUAAACCGCAUGUGCCAAACAUACCCUGAGACCUUCCUUUGUGUCACCAGCAGUGAAGGCGUCCAGCAGGCCUUCCAGGAGGGGAAGGUGGCCAGUCUGAUUGGCGUGGAGGGCGGUCACUCCAUCGACAGCAGCCUGGGUGUCUUGCGGGCACUCUAUCACCUAGGCAUGCGGUACCUGACCCUCACUCACAACUGUGACACACCCUGGGCAGAAAACUGGCAGAUGGAUGGAGGAAGUGACAAGGCUGAGAACCAAGGGCUAUCACUUUUUGGACAGCGCGUGGUGAAGGAGAUGAACCGUCUGGGCAUCAUGAUCGACUUGGCCCAUGUGUCUGUGAAUACCAUGAAGGCUGCCCUGCAGCUGUCUAAGGCCCCGGUCAUCUUCAGCCACUCCUCUGCCUACAGCCUGUGUCCAAGUGGGCGGAACGUGCCUGACGAUGUCCUCCAGCUUGUGAAGGACACGGGAAGCCUGGUGAUGGUGAACUUCUACACCGACUUUGUGUCCUGCACGAAGGAGGCCAGCCUGUCCCAAGUGGCUGACCACCUGGAUCACAUCAAGAAGGUGGCAGGCGCCAGGGCCGUGGGCCUUGGAGGGGACUAUGAUGGUGUUGAGAGGCUCCCUGUGGGACUGGAGGAUGUCUCCAAGUACCCAGACCUGAUUGCUGAGCUGCUUAGGAGGAACUGGACAGAGGUGGAGGUCAGGGGUGUGCUGUCUGACAACCUGCUGAGGGUCUUCUCAGAAGUAGAGAAGGCAAGCAAUCACCUGCAGCCUCCUGAGGAGGAACCCAUCCCACUAGACCAGCUGGAUGGCUCCUGCAGGACAAACUAUGGCUACUCAGAGGCCCCUGGCCUCCACCGCCAGCCGGGGGCCCUGCUGGCUUUACUGGCUGCACUGUUCUUUAGUCUUCAUCUUCUGUGA